GUUUGAUUGUGAAAUAUCCGGCGAUAAAAAAAUAGCUUUGGUUUCUGAGUUUUAGACCUAGUUGUUCUGAGGAAAUUCAAACCAUGAAAAGUUGGACAACUUGAUGAACAUGACUUUUAUAUACAUAUCAUAUAUAUCAUUUCAUCAAAAUGAUUUAGAAAUAUAUAAAUACAUGUAUCAUCCUGAUCAUUUUGAAAAGGCGUCAGUCCGGUUUUAUUUUGUCAUUCCGGUUAUUAGGUGUCGCUCCUGUUAUUCUGUGCGCCGUGUUGAACGUCUUCUGGUAUGUUGAGUAAAGUUGCCAAUUUUAGUUUCAGAAUGGCAUCUGCAUCAGUUCUUUCUCGAUUGAACCAACGUGCAAAGCAGGCGGAGUCGAUGAUAACAGAUUUAAAGCAACAGAUAGCAAUUCUUAGACAGAAUGCAGCUAUCACUAUAUCAAACCCUGAAGAAGAGCGUCUGAGAGUCGAAAACCAGAAACUACGAAGUGACGUAGAGGAACUGAAGUCUCAGUUGAUUCUGACUGAGAUAAGGAAUGGAGUGAAACAAAUUCCCCUACCUACCAACAGAACUGUGGCCAAAGCAGAGCCCCCUAAAAAAGAACCCACAAAUCAGCCAGAGAUCAAACAAGCACCUGCUGCAGCCAACAAUAAAGAUCAGAAACCAGAGAAGUCUAACAAAAAAGAGAAGAAAGUUAAGCAGUCUGCAGCUGAUGGAGAGCCAAAAGCCAAAAAAGGAAAAAAUGAACCUAAAACAGAGGAGAAGAUGGAUGUCUCACGCUUGGACUUCAGAGUUGGAAAAAUAAUAGAUGUCAAGAAGCACCCUGAUGCUGACACUCUUUAUGUAGAGGAAGUGGAUAUGGGAGAGGGGCGAAACCGUACAGUGGUGUCUGGCCUGGUCAAUCAUGUUCCACUAGAGCAGAUGCAAAACAAAGUAGCAGUGUUUAUGUGCAAUUUAAAACCUGCUAAAAUGAGAGGAAUUCUGUCAGAGGCCAUGAUCAUGUGUGCUAGCACUCCAGAAAAAGUAGAAAUUCUAAAUAUACCUCCAGGAGCUGCCAUUGGUGAUAAAGUUACUUGCAAAGCCUAUCCUGGAGCCCCAGAUGUACAGCUCCAACCAAAGAAGAAAGUCUGGGAAACACUGGCACCAGAUCUGAAAGUAAACAAAGAGAAAGUGGCCACCUUUAGAGGGGAUCCACUUGUGAUUGAGGGGAAGGGUGCCUUAACUGCACCCAGUCUAAAAGAUGUACAAAUCAAAUAAAACUUGGAAACUGAC